GCCGAAGCCGGAAGCGGCUGCUGUCGGAAGCACCGGGCGAGCGAUCUGGCUGCCGGCCGGCCCCGGGGAUGGCUGGGGACGCGGAGCUGGCGCGGCGCGGUGGGUGGCCGUGGCGGUGGCUGCCGGCGUUGCUGCUGCUGCAACUGCUGCGGUGGAGGUGCGCCCUGGGCGCGCUCCCCUUCACCAGCAGUCGGCACCCAGGCUUUGCGGACCUGCUGUCGGAGCAGCAGCUGCUGGAGGUGCAGGACUUGACCCUGUCUCUGCUGCAGGGCGGAGGUCUGGGGCCGCUGUCACUGCUACCUCCCGACCUGCCGGAUCUGGAGCCUGAAUGCCGGGAGCUGCUGAUGGACUUCGCCAAUAGCAGCGCCGAGCUGACCGCCUGUAUGGUGCGCAGCGCUCGGCCCGUGCGCCUCUGCCAGACCUGCUACCCGCUCUUCCAACAGGUCGCAAUCAAGAUGGACAACAUCAGCCGAAACGUCGGGAACGCCUCUGAGAGCCAGCACUGUGCCGGAAGUCUCCUGAUGGCGGACAGAAUGCAGAUAGUUGUGAUGGUCUCCGAGUUCUUCAACAGCACGUGGAAGGAGGCGAACUGUGCAAAUUGCCUAACAAAAAACAGUGAGGAUCUGUCAAAUAACACCCAGGACUUCCUCAAUCUGUUUAACAAGACUUUGGCCUGCUUUGAGCAUAACCUGCAGGGGCGCACGUACAGCCUCCCCCCACCAAAGAAUUACUCGGAAGUGUGCAAGAACUGUAAAGAGGCGUACAGAACUCUGAGCCUCCUGUACAGCGAAAUGCAGAAAAUGAACGGGCUGGAGAGCAAGGCGGAGCCGGGAACGCACUUGUGCAUCGACGUGGAGGAUGCAAUGAACAUUACCCGGAAGCUGUGGAGCCGAACCUUCAACUGUUCUGUCACCUGCAGCGACACAGUGUCUGUGGUUGCCGUUUCCGUGUUCAUUCUCUUUCUGCCCGUCGUCUUCUACCUGAGUAGCUUCCUUCACUCUGAGCAAAAGAAACGCAAGCUCAUUCUACCCAAACGUCUCAAGUCGAGCACCAGUUUUGCCAACAUUCAAGAAAAUUCCACCUGAAGCCUGCAAAACGGGACUGGACCUCACGCCACGCCAGUCAGUGGUUGGACCACAGCAGAGUGGAGAAGAUGAGCCGUGAUCUGACAAAUCAAAUUCUUAAGAAUCGCUGGGCUGUGAACCUGUAAUUUAUUCUGAAUAAGGGUUCUCAAAUUCCCUUCCUGAGCAUCCCGCCUUUGAAAAUUUCUGUAUUUUUAAUUUUCAUAUGUCACAGCAAUGUGACAUAUUUUAAGGUAUAUCUGUUACAGUAACAAGUGAGGGCUUUUUUUUUUCUUUGUUUUUACAAGAAUAUGAAUGACUACUUGA